UAUAUGCUUAAGACGACGUCGUUUGUGAGUCGGAAACCAAAUUAGUAGACUCACUUAAAACUUAAACCACUCUGCUUAGUGAACUAAUUACUACAAUUAAAAAACAUUAUACAAUAAGAAUGACCGGAGUGUUCACUUAUUCAGACGGGAAAGAAAUGGCGCUAGAAUCGAUGGCUUCUCUCUCCGAUCUCCUCUCCUCUCUUCUCUCGUCGAAACCACCGUCUCCGUCGAUUCUGAAACCUAUGACGCUUCCGACUUCCGUACCCGCGAGAUCGUCAUUGCAGCACUUGUCGAUGACGACGAAGAUUUUAACGGCCGGUAACGAUGACGUCACCAAUCGCGUGGCGUAUCCUUCGCUGGCGAACGCGAACCUCGUCUUCUUCAAGUCCGGCUACUACAACGUCGAGGUGGUGCCUAAGGAAGGCGAAUCGGAGGAGCAGCUGGUGAACGAUUUCAAGAGGUCAUGUUUCAGAGCCGGUGUGUUGCAGGAAUCUCGAAGACGACGAUUCUUCGAGAGCUCACAGGAGAAGAAGAAGCGUAAGACCAAAGAAGCUGCUAAGAAGUAUCGGAAAAGGAGACCAAACCCUAAAACAAAGCCACAAUCAACUCCAGAAACCCACAAGAGCAGGAAUGUUUCCAGAGAAGACGAAGAAGACGAUCACUGGGAACUUCCUCCUGACGAUAUUGAGAUUCCAUAUACUAACCGGUCUUAGAAGCAAACCGGAAUCUUAUUCCGGUACAGUGAUGUGAACAAUCGCAAUCAUGCGCAUCUGCAUUUUGUAAAGCCACUCUCUUGUAGGUCUGCACAUUCGUUUCUUUUGAUGUUCUUAGCUUGUGUACUUCCUUAGAAAAACUUACAUUGCUCAGUGUAAGGAGUGAAGAAAAAUGAUUUUGGAGAUGUUUCUGUAACGUUGAACUACAUGCAGAUGAAUAUAUAAAUCAAGAUGUUUUCUGUUU